UAAAGUUAUUGCGCAAGCAGUUAAUCUUCUAGACCACCCACGCCAAAUGGUGACGGGGUCCCUAGCGCGAGCGCUCUUCAGGACCCCUUCCAAGGACUCCAGGAAGGGGUGAGUACUCUGAAAUCCUGUUUGGUGCCCAAACUUUGGGCAACUCCAGAGCGGAACAGUGUCCACCACAGGCACCAGAGGCCCAGCAAUGUGUCGAAAUGAGCCCGACGAUAUCUCGCCAGAACUUCUCAACCUUGCACACCAGAUCAGGCUCCUUCUCAGCCAGAGAAAUGACAUUUCACGUCCUGAGAGCCAGCUCGGCCUCCACCUCGCUCUCUGCUAACCGGACCUCUUUAGCCCCUCCUCCCACAGGUGGUGGGCCCAUGGAAAUUGAAGUCCAAAUUCAUUCAUCAUCGGAUGUCUACGAAUCGUAUUUUGUCUGAUCGUUCACCUGGGAUCUUUUCUCCAUGGGUGCCCCUGCCAGGGUCACGAAGUCCCACACAACUUGGCUCCAAGGAGACACACCAACCCCGCCUACCACGAUAAGAUGAAAAAGCUAACGUGUGUGUUUUGUGACCACUAGAUGUCAUCAUGGCGCACGAAAAAAGCCGCAGAUGAGGCCUCAGCUGUCCUCACCUUACAUGGAUGACAUCACCAAUCCUGCAGUGGAACCAAAUCAAUCCAUCCAUCAUCUAUUUGUCCUUGCAUCUCAGCCUCAGAAGUCAAUAGUAAGGGAAGGGUCACGUGUGUGCAAUCGAAAUUGACGAGGAGCCAACGUCGCCCCCGCCGCCCCCGUUCUACUAGCUUGACCUCCUCCUGCCCGAUGCACUUGUUGCGCACCGACCUGAUGCGCCACUUGUGUCCUUGAAGAAGCAGGACGCGCUGCAACAGGUGCACGCACUGCAUCAUCUUCUGAAAAAAAAGCCCAGAGGAUAAGACGCAACUUUAGAUGUCAAUCUGUUGAUUAUUCGGCACAAAACCAGGAUGCCGGUUCUGACGAGCCCAGACAACGCAAAUAAGUUUAAGGAGAAAUGGUUGCCGGUGUACCCGGAUGAUCAGGUCAUCGCAUCCGACUCGCCCCCUCUUGAUGAUAGCCUCACCAGCCUCCACUGGCUCCAGAAUUUCUCCAUCGUGAGUGCCGACCCGGAGCGCCCCGGUGGGACCGCGGCGCAGGGCUGCUGCUCCUCCUCCUCCCCCUCCUCCUUCCCCUCCUCCCAUCAGCAUCUUUUUCUCAAACGCUUUCCCAGAGGGGGCACCGACUCCCCCUCCAGUCCACCUGCCGGGGACACUGCCGCCACCGGGAUGCCUCUUUACCUCGGCAGCCCGGUCACCUCCGGGAGCGACUCCACUUUGGCUCCACGCUUCUCCACUUGCGCGCAUCUCGGCAGCGCGUACCAGUCGAUCCCGAUCCAAGCCAUUCCACCGGCGGAGGUCGACUACAAGACGAACCCAAAAGUCAAACCGCCGUAUUCCUACGCCUCGCUUAUCUGCAUGGCCAUGGAGGCCAGCAAGCAACCCAAAGUGACUUUAUCCACCAUCUACAACUGGAUCACGGAGAAUUUCUGCUACUACAGACACGCGGAGCCCAGCUGGCAGAACUCGAUCCGCCACAACCUGUCCCUGAACAAGUGUUUCAAGAAGGUCCCCAGACAGAAGGACGAACCUGGUAAAGGAGGCUUCUGGCAGAUCGAUCCUCAGUAUGCUGACAUGUUUGUCAACGGCAUCUUCAAACGUAGAAGGAUGUCUGCAAACAGCUACAACGGCAACAAUAGCGGGAGUGCUCACAGACCAAACAAAUUGGUUCCGAGCAGCCACAGCACCCAGAACAGCUGCCCUUAUCAAAAUGGCAAGGAUAUAGGCAGUAAGAGGAAGAACAACAGCAAGGCAAUAAGCGAGACCGAGUCCCCUCUUUUGGCAACGGAGGCCCCAAAAGCAGACCUCCUGAGGGGGGAUUUUGACCUAACGUCCAUUUUUGAUGACGUCCUGAGCGGGAACUGUAGCACCUUCGAGGAUUUGGACCUGAACACAGCGCUGAAUUCGUUAGGCUGCGAAAUGGAGGUUACCAUGCAAGGGAGGCAGCAGUCGACCGGGCUGGGGCACUGGUGCGGCGCAGGGGACCUCGUGGGACCGAGCCAGCACCUGAACCACUCCCAGUCAUCCUACGCCUACCUGGACAUGAGUGUCGCCUCGGCCGUCGACAUGGCGGAGUUGCACGUACCGCCGCAGCAUCCGCAGCAGCUGGACGGACAAGAUCAGCUCCUGCAGAGUCAAAAUCCGCUUCAGAAUUUCGAUGAGGCCUCCUCGCUGUUUCAGGAGCAGCCGGAGGAGGUGGUGUCCUGGGAGGAGAUCAAGGAGGAGGUGCAGGCCAUUCCACUAACUCUGGAUCAGAGCUUUGGCCUGUAUGAGGGCUUCUUUAUGGAGAUGCAACCAUGGGAACGGGUCGAGGCCUAUCUGUGAUCAUUGACUCCCGGUUCCAUUUCUAUGCGACGAAAGCCCGAUUUCCAGUCCAAGGAUCAACCUUUUAUUGUCUUUGUAUUCAAACACAAUAACAUCACACAUGUUGACUUUUACUCAGCUCCCUCCCCAAAGUAGGGAAAGACUAAUAGACGUUUAGCUAGCAGCAAGCUCGUGGUCUUUCCCACAGUAGAACGUGAAGCAGCUUUGAUUUGAAUGUUGCUAACUGAUGAACCAGGGUGAAAGUUUUAAUGCAGUGAAGUUUUUCAAGAAGCUGUACGGAAGGAAACGAACUGAAAUGGACUGCAGCCAUUAUUGGUUUUUUUUGGGGGGGGGAAACGACAUGUGAACACUGACUGGCAGGACCCAACCACCCAAAACUCGAAACGCACUCUGUACGACUGAGCACUGUCAUGCAAGUUAGAAGACACCAGGAUUCUAUUUUUGCUACAUUAGCAUUCAACUGGCUUUCCUUUUUUUUUUUUAAACUAACAAUGCGGUGUAAAACAUCUCAAAUGCCAUCUGAAAUGUAGAUGCUGUGCGAUGAUGAAAGAUGCAGAUAACUUUAAAAAUGUAUAGUCGAAAUUAGCAGUCAAGUCACCACUGGUGUUUCUUCAUAUUAAUAUGAACUGCAGUAUAUAACAAAACAGGAAUGUUCUACACUGAAAAGGGGUGCAGAUAUAAAAUGGAUUACCUUGUUUGUCAGUCAAACAUUAUGCACUUUGAUCUACAGCAGCUCCAGAUGUCUAAUAUUCAUGAUGUUACCAUUGAUUUUUUUUUUUCCUGGUAUUCGAAUCAAUGUUAGAUGUACUGAUCACAAUGCAACUCUGAGGGCCUGAUUUACUAAAAUUCCCAAAAAAAUGGGCGUUGAAUUGUCUGUUCGCUCUCACAGCUGACGUGCACUGUUGUGGGUGUGUUCCACUUGAUUUGCUAAGAUUGGGGUCUUGUACUAUGAUUUGAAUGAAGGAGCAUGACUGAGUUACAGAAAAGAAAUUUUGCUCUUAUAAUGUGGAGGAAGCCCACAACUGCACAAAAGCAAGUUCUUUGAAAUUGGCAUGAGCAUGUAUUUCGCCAAACAUUAGCAUUGCGUCUAAAACUUGGGCCGGCACAUGUAAAACUGGGCUUGGAAAGCUCAGCAUCGAUUGUCACAGUGCACUGAAAUGACCCACACGCACAAAAAUGCUGAGAUAAAAUGAGGUUUGGCAUGACUCCUUCUUGUGACUGAGCCCAUGUCCCAACUCUUUUAAUCACCCAGAAGUUGCAAAAUUGCACUGCUGAAUUGCCGAUAGGUCACGAUAAUUUUUGUUGGCAUUUCAAAGAUGUUUAUGUGAGUGGAAAUAUUCUGCCCCGCCACCUCUCAUUUUGCUUCAUGCACCUUCCCGACAUUCUGUUUUAAAGAUAAUCAGCCAGCGCAAUUCAUCUCAGGAUUGAAAAAAAAAAACAAAAAAACACUAAUGCGCCGAUGAAUCAAUUUGGUUGUUGUCAUCCAAGAAAAUGCUAAAUGCAUUCUGUGGCAAUUUACCACAUUUGGCAGAUGCAGUCCUGGUUGUGCCUGGUUAGUAGAUCAGCUCCCAUAUCCGUUUGUGCGUGCAAUCAAUUUUUCGCCUAUUUUUGCAUGCACAAAGUAGUAAAUCUGGCCCGAAUCGUCCUUAGACUCUUGCAAUAAUGUAUCUGGCUAAAAAAAAAAAAGUUGUUGCUUCCUUUGGCUGUAUAUAAAUGUUCUCUGAAUUACAGUUGCAUAUACUUUGCAUUUGUUGAUGAUCUUGCGCCAAAUUCUUUUGAUAAAAAAAAUAUGCAGGUCAUUGGUCUUUAUCUGUUGAUUGAUAAUUCUUGUCACUGGGUGAUACUUUUUCGUUACUUUUUAGAAAUAAUUUGGGUUUGUCUUCUGAAUUUUUAAUCACAUCAUUUUAAACAUAGGUGAAUAUUAAUGCUGUUGGAUUGCGAUCAAACAGAGUAGUCGUAGAGCCAACUCAAAAAAGCCAGUUUGAAUUGAUGUAUGGGAUGGAUCGAUUCUUUUCUUCUUAAAUCUUCUGUUAUUUCCUUUGUACUUUUUUAAAAAGAGCUGUUUGAACAUGCAACCAUGCUUCGAUGUAUGGUGUCAAUUAAAGAAUGAUAAUUCAACAGUG